AUGGUUGAGUUCCACAACCUCACCCCCCCUGGGUUUAUAAUCGACCUCCUUCACUUUUUGAAAAGUCUUAGUCACUAUGCACGCUACCCCACCGUCAUCGAGGGCACAAUCAUCGGUGUCCUCGGGUAUCUCGCCCUGGCCCGUCUCUUGCGCUGGCGAAGAUACAACGCCAUCCACCAGGAAUACAUGAAGAAAUAUCAAGAGGGAACCCUCACCCCGGAAGAGGCCCAACGCAUUAUUCUAGUAUCGACUAGCUAUGACAUGCCAUUGCUGUUGAACUAUUCGCUGGCAUUCGCGCUGUUCAAGACCUAUGCGAUUCCAUCGAUAUCGAAGUUACUGUCCGCGACUGGUGAAUUCAAAUCGGUAGAGACGGUUUCUAAACGUUAUGCGGAUACGGAGAUUCUGAUUGCUACCUGGGUGGCCUGCCCGAUUUCUGGCUUCCUAGACCCCAAUUUCAAGUCGUCAGAGAAUGGACCGCCCGCAGACGACCCGAGGGCUAUGAUUGCUCUCGCAAGAGUCAACUGGCUACACUCCCGAUACAGAAUUCGAUGGGCAGAGCGUUAUGGAUGGCGGAAGCUCUCCCCCAUGGAGUGUGAGGCGUUUUACGUUUUCUGGGCUGAGAUAGGCAGACGGAUGAAUAUGCGAGAUAUCCCCGAGUCUCGCGAAGAAAUGAUAGAAUGGAGUCGGGACUAUGAGCUGAAGAACAUGAUUCCGGCUGAGACCAACAAAGAGGUUGCAGAGUAUACUAUGGCGGAACUCCUCUCAGCUGUUCCUAUACGUUUCGGCCUCCGGACCUUUGCUGUAAGAGUAGCGCUUUGUUUGCUUGAAGACAGGGUGAGGGUUGGGAUGAUGUACGUAUUACUUCACACUGCCUGGCGUUCGCCUGCCAUUCAAUACCCUCCUUUCCACCACAGGCAACCUGCUCAGCCAUGGUUCUUCCACGCACUAACGCGUGGCGUCAUGGCAAUAAACUGGACUGCACAACGCUGGUUCCUCCUUCCCAGGAUAUACCCCUCUUUUCCAGUUAAGAUUGAUCUACCGAAGCCAACUGGGGAGAGGUGUCCAAAACUGCAUCCGAACAAAUGGCAAUAUCGUCCUUGGUACAGACCGGAGAGCAUCGGUUUGGGCUACCUUCAGAAUAAGUUUCUGGUGGCCAUUGGCUGGUAUAGCGAGAUGCCAGGACCUCACUUGAAGAGCUCAGGCUAUCGUUUGGAGGAAAUGGGCCCUUUCAAAUUUGAGAAUUCUGCGCAUGAGGAAGUCAUGCAGAAGGCUGCUGAGCUUCAGGGUUGCCCCGUCGCUGGGCCCUGGUCGUUGGAAGGACGUCGUGGUGAUGAGCCUUCCCCUUGA